ACAGAUGUGCUGCAUGAAGCUUGGAAGCCUCAAGUUUAACAUUACGUCCGUCACCUUGAUGGUUUUUGGCUUCAGCUGUCAUGGUGUUCUCAGCCUGUAGCAGUGUGGACAGAAUCCAUUCUUUCACUAAUAAGGUGUUUAUUCUGGAGGAUCAGUGAGAACAUGUGUGAAAUUCAGGGACGAUUGCUGGUCCAAUAACUUACUUCAAGUGUAGCUGUUGUUAUCUGGUAGCACUUGCACGCUUCUACAAACUACAAUCCGGCUUGGACAUUAACACAAUAAUAUGUACCCAUGGUUAUGAAAUAUAACAAUGUCACUUUAUAGUAAUCAAUAUAGUAAUCCUGUACAACACAUUGUGGAAAAUAGUGCUCUGAUCUUUGUCUGGAGAUUUGCUUCUGUAUGACAGGUAUGUUUGAAUUCAAUAAGGCAGGAAAUGGGUGGUGGUUUUCCGUUUCCUUUUGUCAAAGUACAACAACAAUCACAUUUAUUACUGGAAUCAAGACAGAAACAGUUGUCUGCUUUUGAUAUGGGCCACAUUUAUCUCUGCAUUACUCCCAACUGGAACCUUUUGUCUGUUCAAAGAACAGGUGCAUUGUUGAGAGUGUAACAUAGGGAGGUGCUGAGGAGCAUAGAACUGUGCCCAUUCUCAAUAAGUUUAAUUCACAUUACCUUUCCAAUGGGUUUUAACCGAGAAGUGAUGAUGUCGUCCCUCCUUUAACUGCCACAUACGUUUGUCUUUUUCUGGCAUAUGGCGACAGAAAAUGAAUGAUUCUAAAACCUCAAAGUGAAACGAUGUGUGCAUUUUCUGCUCUGUUGCAGUCUGGUCGGUCCAGCUUUUAUUUAUCUUUUAUUUUUAUUAUUGCUUAUUUGUGAUUGUUAGUUCUUCGUUUUUUUACAAUGUCUCUGCUUGCACGUCGCCUGUGCUGCUGUGAUAUUUCCCCGCUGCGAGACAAAUGGAUUAUCAUAUUUUUUAUGAUAGUAGGACAGAUCAAUUUCUGAUCAACAGAUUUGUUGUUGCCGGUUAAACUUUCUUUGUUUCACCUUCCUUUUGUCGUUACUCAUUUGUGGAUGCAGUUUCUCAUUAAACCUUUCCCCACACAUUAUUUUAUACGUUAAUCGAGUAGUGAAGAUGUCGUCUCUCCGUUAACUGCCACAUACGUUUGUCUUUUUCUGGCAUAUGGCGACAGAAAAUAAAUUAUUCUAAAACCUCAAAGUGAAACGAUGUGUGCAGAUGGAGUCUUCAACAUCUGAUUUCAAACUCAAGGGUAUUUGUGGUGGUAAAACUGUCCAUUAUGUUUUAGAUUGUUAUCACAGGUUUAUUCUUCACAAUGUGGCUUCCGAUUGAAAUGUAGCAUGUAACAGUUUCAGUGACUAUAGUGCGGUUUCCUCUUCUGCCUGUUUGCAGGUCUGCAGUCUGGGUUUGUAACUCUGCCCCGCCUCUCUCCGCCUCGACAGACAGUUUCAAGAUGGAGACCUCAACAAUGGCUCUUUAGCAGAAAGCGGAGGCCUCAAAAUGACCCGCUCAGACUCCCUCUCCUCGUUCACCGUGGACCUCGGCCCGUCCCUUAUGACUGAGGUACUGAGCUUGAUUGACAACCAGAGCUGCUUUCAGAAGUUCAACUCCAGAUACACAGCAUGUGAGGAAGAGGCUGCAGAGGAAGAGGACGAAGACGACGACAGCUCUCUGACAGAAACGCCCGUGCAGACCCCUGGGCCGACUUCGCCCAACCCCUCUAUGGGCAGCGGGUCCUACAUCAGGGGCGGGAACUCGGGGACGGGGUCCCCGAGGACACCGAACGAGUGCGCCGGGUCUCCUCAGAGAGUCGAGCCUGCGAUUGAGGCCGAAAGGUUCCAGAGGGCAGCUGACGUGCUGGCUCGUCAUUACGGCGGAGGGUCCUUCACAAAGGGAACGAGGAAGAGCGACGACACAGCGUCUCCUGCACCUUCCCAAAGCCGCAAAACCCCACAUGCCUUUACCGAGGAGGAGGAAGAGAUUAAAGUUUAGACGGUGAAAGUAUCCCUGAAGGAGAGCUGAGACUCUAUUGACCUGAUAAAGCUGUGGAGGCCUCUGGUGGCCUGAGGCCAGGAUUCAUGUGAUUCUGAUCAAAGACCAGAUCCUGCUACUGAUUCCUGAACCUGACCUUUGACCUUCCCCCUGUCUGCACUAUGUUCCUGCCAUGCUUUUAUAGAUUAUAAACAACUUUUUAAUAACA